AUGAAUAAAUAACUUUAAAUGAAUUUAGAAUUUGUAUUUCUACUUAAAGAAUACUUUGAAGAUUUGAUUCUAAAUAGAUUUUAAGAGAAAGAAUACUAAGUUCUGAUUAUGAACCCUUUUAAAAUUAAAAAUAGUUAACUUAAUAAUAUCUACUUAGAUACUCUAUUAGCCAAAUAUCAAGUAAGAACGGAUUGUUUUAACAGUGAAGAUUAUAAACUCUCUUCAUUUAUAGAAGAACUUGAGAAUUUCAUUUAGCAAUAUCCUAAAACAAUUAUUUAAGUAUUUUAUCUAAUUGUUUACAUUUUUGAAGAUACUGGACAUGAUUGCCCAUCUAAUGGACGCUGUUGUUUGUGCAUUGAGCGAGAUUCAUAAUAUAAUAAAAAUUGGAAUUUGGUAGAUAUAGAUUUAUCUUAUAUUUCUAAAGUAAAAAAUUUAGAAAUAUAUUCAUAUUCCUAAAAUAGAUAUAUUUACAAACUUCUAAUAGAUUAUGAAAAAUCAGAUUUUAGAGUUUAUUCUGAAUAAAAUUUAUCUAGAAUUUUAAAGUUUAAAAAAUCUUGUUUAGAAAUCCAAGAAGAAAAAAGUGAUUUUUCUGACGAAUAAUCAUAAGAAGAAAGUGAUUCUUAGGACGAAUACUCAGAAGAAGAAAAUAAUUGUUCAGAGGAUUACUCAGAAGAAAAAAAUAGAUUAAAAUAUAUACCUAAUGUAUUAAAUGAUAAAUACUUGUUUGUCCAUAGAUAUUAUGAAGUUUUAGCAGAAUAAAAAGACUAAUGCUUUCUAAGAGUAUUGAUUUUCAAAAAUUUGAAAAUUUAAAAACUACUAAAUCUAAGUUUAAAAAACUUAAUGGUAGAUUUAUUCUACGACUGA